CACCUCAGUCAUUGUGUUGUUUCUCUUCACUGCGUUACUCUGGCAGUGCCAUGAGGGGAAUACAACAUCUGCUGCUCCUGGCAGAGUUCAUGCUCCUGGCAAGAUGUCAGCCACAAGUUUCUAUCUUACCCAAACUCAAGCAGAUCUUCUCAGGGGACUUGCUUUUUCUGAGAUGUGACAACAGCUUAAGUGGGAGCACAGUGAGAUGGUACUUCAACGACAUGGAACAACCGCUGACAAACGAAACCUGGAAGAUAGGAGUUGCUACACCCAAGCACUCGGGCUCUUAUCAAUGCAAGCGCAACGGGGCAAAGAGUGCCGGUUUUCCCAUCGACGUCCUGGAUUACACUCCCAGUGCCUCCCUCACCAUCAAGACAGGCCAGCCAGUGAUGCAGAAAGGAGGUUCUGUUCUCUUGCAGCUUGACAAUGAUGAUGGUCUGCACGGAUGGAAGUGCUGGGUGUAUAGAGGAGGGCUGACAAAGAAGAUUGCGUUGAGGUUGAGGAAUGACAAUGCGAGAGUGAUCUUUCAGCCCUCUAGACUGAAUGACCAAGAGACCGUUUUCUGGUGUACCGAUACUAAGCAACUCAGAAGUAAUCAAAUCACGAUCAGGACCUCAGAGAAGGCCACAUCGUUGGAAAUGUAUCCUCUGCCUGCUGUGGUUGGGGAGAGUCUGACUCUGAAGUGCCAGGUCUGGGGCACCAAUGAAAUUAGCCGCACUAUUUUCUACAAAGACAACACAGUCAUUCGGAAUGGUUCGAGUUCUAUCUACGAAAUCCCUAACGUGACAGAAUCUGCAAAGGGAAGUUACAAGUGUGAUGCCACAUUCACAUACAUGAAGCGCACUGCCGGGCCCCCAUACCAAGUGGUCUCUGAUAACCAAGAUGUGUUUGUCCAAGCACCUACCGUGAAGGCAGUUCUCUCUGCAAACGUUGGCAUGUCGUGUUCUUGUACACCUUGUCCCAGGAAUAGCACCUAUCAUUGGUACUACAAAAAUAAUGGUCAGCCAUGGGCCCUUAUGGAUUCCAGACACGAAUUCAUGAUGCCAAAAGCGAGUGGUACCUAUGCAUGUAGAGCCGUGUGGGCCAUCGGGAGGUCUAUUCUCAGCAAUGCCCACUUUUAUCAAUCUCCGAUUAAAUCCAUUCUAAUUGGCGUUGUCAUCGUGCUGGUGAUUCUAGGAUUAGCAGCUGUGGCUGUUUGUGUAUACUAUAAAAAGAGAAAUACCAAUGUGACAAUUUAUGAGGAUGUGGCGCUGACCACACGAGACACAGGUGAUGACAGAUAUGAGGUGCUGCACAAGGGCGCCCAAAGGGAGGGCGAAUACGACACCCUUCACCCAGAAGCACCAGGCAGACAGAAGAAAGAGGGUGAAUACGAGGCACUGAAGAGAGGGGAAACGGAAGAGGGGGUAUACCACACUCUGGGAAUGGUGGGGGCAGCAGGAGGUCAGUGAAGAUAUGCAGCAGUAGGGAAGGACUGAGAAUAUGAGAUAGUGGAGGAAAAGAAGGAAGUCACAGCAGAGGAACAAGAGACUGAGCCAUAAAAGGACAGAUUGGUCUCAGUAGCUUUUAUGCUUAAAAAUAAAUCGAAUUUCCCGCAAACCAGAACAGUUUUUCUUGCAAUAUCGCACGGUUAAAAAACUGUUUGUUCCCGUCUAUUCAGCAACACCUGCAUCGGGUGACCCCCCCCCCCCCCCGAUUAUAUUAACCUGUGGCUUAAUUGACAGCGGCACUACGCCCCCAAGUGAUGGGAGGUUUUACAAAACAAAACAAUAACAAAAUGGCUCUUACAAACGGAAUCAUACCGAUUUUUCAUGACAAUUCCUCAACUGUUUUUUUUGAAGGCUUUUUAUAAUGUGUAAAGUAGAUUGAGUGCUUGAUCAAACAAUACAAAUAUGGGAAAGGGGUGAGUAGAGUUUCAUUUGUACAGCCAUGGAGGAUGGUCCCAUGAUUUGAGUUUUGUGUCUUAAAAUAUAUUUGCCUUACCGAUGCUUUCUGUGAUUUAUUAUUCUUUUUAUUUGGCAAAUAAGAAAUGGCAUAAUAUUGCAUAGUUUUUGCUUUUGCAUUCUAACGUAAAAUCACUUGUGUGUGCUGAUCAGAUAUCAGAUUAAUUUGCUUGAGAGAGAGUGUCAUUCCUAUUAUGUGCUGAAAUAAAUCUAUUUGAUUAAA